AAAUCCCAUAAUGAAGGUGCUAUUUACUGUGUGCUUCAUUUUUUUGUAUUUUAAAGGUAGCCAGGGACAAAAAGGUUCCAUUAAAGAUGCCACCUUAUCACUGGCAUCAUCCUACGGUGAUCACAUGGUUCUUCAGAAAGCACCAGCAUUUCCUGGUAUCUGGGGAUACUCUUCUAACGUGGGCGAUGUUAUAACCGUCCAACUGCUUAAUACUAAAAUUAUGCAGCAAAUACAAACAACAGUAAGGAUGGGACCAGAAGGUAAAGGUGUGUGGAAGGUAUUGCUGUCGCCUGUUGGCGCUGGUGGUCCUUAUUCUAUCAAAAUUUAUAACAGCCAUGGUGAUAGUAUAACCAUUAAUGAUGUACUGUUUGGUGAUGUAUGGGUCUGUUCUGGUCAAAGUAAUAUGCAGUUUACUGUUGCUGGGGCCUUCAAUGCAACUGCUGAAAUAGCCGACGCAGCAUCUUUUCCUAAUAUAAGAGUGUUUACUGUUGCUAUGGAAACUGCUACUGUUCCCCAGUAUGAUUUUAUAAGUGUGGAAGAACCAUGGUCAGUAGCUAGUCCUGCCAGUGUAGGACAUGGUAACUGGACAUAUUUCUCUGCUGUUUGUUGGUUAUAUGGUAAAUAUCUGUACCAGAAACUCAACUAUCCUAUUGGUCUGGUUGCUUCUGAUUGGGGAGGAACUCCAAUAGAAACUUGGUCUUCAACGGAUGCGCUUGAAAAAUGUGGACUUACAGAAGACUCAAACACAGACCCCGACCCGGAGUAUGUUAAUGUAUUACAGAACUAUAUUCAAAGACGUGCAUAA